CUCACUGCUUCUUUUCCUGAAUUCGAACCACCGUCUCCGUCGCCUUACGGUUGACACGCCGCACCUGGGGCGAUGGAUCCGUUUACCGAGAAACUGCUUGAACGAACCCGUGCCCGGCGAGAGAAUCUUCAGAGGAAAAUGGCCGAGAGGCCCACGCCCGCAGCGCGGUCUGUGUAUUCCAAGCGAAGUCGAGAGCCACUGUCGGAAGCAAGCAACCAGCCCCCACUGUCUGCUGGUGCAGAGAAAUCUUGUAUCAAACUGUUACCAACAAAGAAACGCUGUUCUGGUAACACUGCAGAAGCAGUUUCUAACUCGGAAAAUAAACAGCCAGUUGAGUCGGUUUCUGCAGCACCUUGUUCUCCAAGCCCUCCUCCACGUCAGGGGCAGCCCCAGGCAGCAGCUGCUGAUGGUGAUUCGGUGCCUGGGACUUCACAGCUGAACUCCAGACCGGAAGGGACUGCAGCUUCUUCCGUUAAAACGCGCAUGCAGAGACUGGCUGAACAGAGACGCCAUUGGGAGAACACUGACCUGACAGAUGAUAAACCUGAGAGCUCACUCUUCACCACAGUGCCAUCAGAGGGAAAGGCUGCCUCCCCACCAAAACCGCCCCUUUCAGAUUCCUCGGCGACUCCAGUCGGGAGAAGGGGCCGGCUGGCCGACCUUGCUGCAACUAUUUGCUCUUGGGAAGAUGAUGUAAAUCACUCAUCUGCAAAGCAAAACAGUGUAAAGGAACAGCCUGGCACCACUUGUUUAUCCAAAUUUUCCUCUGCAAGUGGAGCAUCUGCUAGGAUCAAUAGCAGCAGUGUUAAGCAGGAAGCUACAUGCAGUUCCCAAAGGGAAGGCGAUGCCUCUUUGAAUAAUGCCCCAUCUUCCGGGGCUGCGGAUGCCCCCACUUCCAGCUCUGUGAAAGCUACUUCAUCCCCACUUAAGUCUUCUACUACAUCCACCACUAAGUCAAAAAAAUGUGAAGGGCAAAAUCCAGAGCUACUUAAACAAAGUCCUGCUAGUCCUCUGAAAACCGAAGUGUUGAAACCCAAUGUGAAGUCAACUGUAUCCCCGGCAGUUUGCUCCAAAGGAGAACUAAAUAGCGAAGGUUGCCAACAGUCUCCAUCUAAAGACAAAUCUACAGCACCAGGAGCAGCAGGAAUUAAGCCUUUUCUGGAACGCUUCGGAGAGCGCUGUCAAGAACACAGAAAAGAAAGUCCAGCGCGUAGCACACCCCAUAGGACCCCCAUUAUCACCCCCAAUACAAAGGCCAUCCAAGAAAGAUUAUUCAGGCAGAACACAUCUUCGACUACUACUCAUUUAGCACAACAGCUCAAGCAGGAGCGUGAAAAAGAACUAGCAUGCCUUCGUGGUCGGCUUGACAAGGGCAAUGUCUGGAGUGCAGAGAAAGGAGAAAACUCAAGAAGCAGACAACUAGAAACCAAGAAGGAAACUCACUGCCAGAACACUCCCCUCAAAAAAUCUCAGGUUACUUCAGAUGCUCCAACACGUGCAGUAACAGAAAAGGUGACAAAGAGUCCGACACCAACAGAGACUCCCCGCUCCAAGCCUGCAGGUUCUACUGAAUGUGAAAUGACAAAGUCCAGCCCUUUAAAAAUAACCCUGUUUUUAGAAGAGGACAAGGCUUUAAAAGUAACGGGAGACCCAAAGAUAGAGCAGCAGACUGAAGUGGUACGUGAACUUGAGAUGAGUGUGGAUGAUGAUGAUGAUAUUAAUAGUUCAAAAGUUAUUAAUGACAUCUUCAGUGAUGUCUUAGAGGAAGGUGAACUAGAGGUGGAAAGGAGUCCAGAGGGAAUGGAUCGAGAAGAAGCAGAAAGCAGCGAAGAGCAGGAAGACGCACUGAAUAUCUCCUCAAUGUCUCUACUGACUCCACUAGCACAGACCGUUGGGGUGAUAAGUCCAGAGAGUUUCGUUUCCUCACCCAGAUUAGGAACGAAAGACAGCAGCGUAAGUGAUCAAAGCCCAAAGCCUGGAAAAUUCCAACGAACCCGUGUCCCUGGAGCCGAGUCUCGUGAUAGCAUGGAUUCUGAAGGUCGCGACCUUCUGUACAGCAUUGACGCAUAUAGAUCUCAAAGAUUCAAAGAAGCUGAACGCCCUUCAAUAAAGCAGGUGAUUGUUCGGAAGGAAGAUGUUACUUCCAAAUUGGACGAAAGGAAGAAUGCCUUUCCUGGUAGGCAAGUUAACAUCAAACAGAAGAUGCAGGACCUCAGUAAUGAAAUCAAUUUGCAGCAAACGGUCAUUUAUCAAGCUAGCCAGGCGCUGAACUGCUGUGUUGAUGAAGAGCAUGGGAAAGGGUCACUCGAAGAGGCUGAAGCAGAAAGACUGCUUCUGAUCGCAACUGAGAAGAGAGCACUUUUGAUUGAUGAACUGAAUAAGCUGAAGAGCGAAGGACCUCAGCGGAAGAACAAGACCAGUCCCGUCUCCCAAAGUCAGUUCGUCGCGUCCACGGGGUCGGUUACUUUGUCAGAAAUCCGCCUGCCUCUAAAAGCGGACUUUGUCUGUGGCACAGCUCAGAAACCAGAUGCGGCAAAUUACUAUUACUUAAUUAUACUAAAAGCCGGAGCUGAAAACAUGGUAGCCACACCAUUAGCCAGUACUUCAAACUCUCUUAAUGGAGAUGCUCUGAUAUUCACUACUAUAUUUACUCUUCAAGAUGUGUCCAAUGACUUUGAAAUUACUAUUGAAGUUUACAGCUUGGUACAAAAGAAAGAUCCCUUAGGUCCUGACAAGAAGAAAAAGACGUCUAAGUCCAAGGCUAUCACUCCAAAGCGACUCCUUACGUCUAUCACCACCGUAAGUAGAGCUUUAAAAAAGAAAAGCACCCUUCAUUCUUCAGUUCUGGCGAGUCCAGGUGGUCUCAGUGCUGUGCGCACCAGCAACUUCGUCCUUGCUGGAUCCCACACCCUGUCCCUGUCUUCAGUAGGGAGCACUAAGUUUGCUCUGGACAAGAUAAAUUAUGAUGUAAGAGAGCGAGAGCUACUGGGCUAUUUGUUCCAGGAAAAGGUACCUUUUUUAUCUUCUUUGGAAGGCCAUAUUUAUUUAAGAAUAAAGUGUCAAGUGAAUUCAAGUGUUGAAGAAAGAGGCUUUCUAACCAUAUUUGAAGAUGUGAGUGGUUUUGGUGCCUGGCAUCGGCGAUGGUGCGUCCUUUCUGGAAACUGUAUCUGCUAUUGGACAUAUCCAGAUGAUGAGAAACGAAAGACUCCACUAGGAAGGAUAAAUUUGGCCAAUUGUACCAGUCACCAGAUAGAACCAGCCAGCAGAGAAUUUUGUGCGAGACGCAACACAUUUGAGUUAAUUACCGUCCGACCACAAAGAGAAGAUGACCGAGAGACCCUCGUCAGCCAGUGCAGAGACACGCUCUGUGUCACCAAGAACUGGCUGUCCGCAGACACUAAAGAAGAGCGGGAUCUAUGGAUGCAGAAACUCAAUCAAGUGCUUACUGAUAUUCGCCUCUGGCAGCCCGAUGCUUGCUACAAACCGAUUGGAAAGCCAUAGAUUGUGGGCCAUGUCCUUCUGCCAUACCUUGCAGAAAUAUAUCUUACAAAAACACACUUCAGAGCAUCAGCUUUGCUGAUUGCACUCUAUGCUUUAAAUACGGAAGGGUCUGUGCAAAGAUUCACUACAUGUUAUGCAGUAUUUAUGUCUCUUCCAUGUAAACCUUCAACUUUUUCUCUCAUAUGUAAAUGAUUGGAAGUGAAUUCAUGAUAGUUGAUUUUUCUAAAUCUUUAUUGAAAAGCUUUACUUUCCUAGAAAUUAGCUUGUACAUGACGCACACACACAC